GCACUCCCCCUCACCAGCUGUCUAGUAAUAAUGGCGGAAUGUCAAAAGUCUACCUCAUGUCUAUCUCCAGCUUCAGAAAUGACCUCUCUCGCUAGAGCUUUGUCUCAUUCAAGGUUGAGCCAACUUGAUCAGUCUGAUGUGUUGAAAUCGCAGUCUUCUGUUCACCGGAGCAAUGUGGCACAGCCAGGUCGACGAAGGAUGUUGUCGAGCAGCAGUGUUGAGUCUCUGAAUGUGAGCCCCUGUGGUGAAGCGCGGGUAUUGGUCAUCAACACCGGAGGAACAAUCGGGAUGAUGUACCAUAAUAACGUGCUGUCCCCAGAGCCUAAUGUGUUUGUGAAGGCCCUACGAAAGCUUCCCAACCUCCAUGAUGAGCAGUAUGCCCUGCAGACCCGUAUGUACGACUACUACAGCACGAGUGGCCCACAGGAGAACACCCUGGUCCUGCCGCUGUGUAAACAAAAUAAGAGGAUAGUGUACACUGUUUUAGAGUACAGCCCCUUGCUGGACUCUUGCAAUAUGACCACAGAUGACUGGGCUACAAUUGGGAAGGACAUUGAGAAACACUAUGAGAAGUAUGAUGGUUUUGUCAUCCUCCACGGCACUGACACCAUGGCCUACACUGCAUCUGCUCUGUCCUUCAUGUGUGAGAACCUGGGGAAGCCUGUCAUCCUCACCGGCUCCCAGGUGCCGAUCUAUGAGAUGAGGAACGAUGGAAGAGACAACCUGUUGGGGGCGCUGCUGAUCGCCGGUCAGUUUGUCAUUCCUGAGGUUUGUCUGUAUUUCCACCACAAUCUGUACCGGGGGAACCGUGUGACCAAGGUGGAUGCUGAGAGUUUCAAUGCCUUCAACUCUCCUAACCUGGCUCCUCUGGCCAACGCUGAAGUGGACAUUAAAAUUAACUGGGACACUGUGUGGAGAGCGAACACGACCGCACGGUUCAGAGUGAGCACUCAGAUGAACCGUAACGUGGGUCUGCUGAGACUCUUCCCAGGCAUCACUGCAGUUACCGUGAAGUCCUUCCUGCAGGCGCCCAUGGAGGGCAUCGUCCUGGAGACGUAUGGUAGUGGAAACGCCCCUGACAACCGUGCUGACCUGCUUGAGGUGUUCCAGAAUGCCACAGAGAGGGGCGUGAUCAUUGUCAACUGCACCCAGUGUCUGAGGGGUUCUGUCACCACAUCGUACGCCACUGGAAAGGCCCUGAGUGACGCAGGGCUGGUGGCAGGCUGUGACAUGACUCCUGAGGCUGCCCUGUGCAAGCUGUCCUACGUGCUGGCCAGGAUGGACCUCAGUAUAGAGGCCAAAAGAAAGAUGCUGAGUCAGAACCUGCGGGGGGAGAUGAUCGCUGACCUGCAGGGGGCCAAGCUCACUCUGAGCGACAGUCGCUUCAUCCAGGUCAUCGCCAAGUCCCUGAGCAUCAGCUGUAAGGAGGAGCUAGAAGCCGUCCGGGAUGCUCUGACCCCCACCUUAGCUUGUGCCGCUUCUAAGAUAGGAGACGUGGAGGCCUUGGAUGCCAUAAAGGAGAUGGGCAGUAACCUAAGUCUGGGGGACUAUGAUGGACGCACCCCUCUGCACGUCGCUUCCUGUGAGGGCCACCUCAAUGUGGUGCAGUAUCUACUGGGCCAGGGCGCCACUGUCUAUGCCAAAGAUCGCUAUGGGGACACACCCCUGCGCAAUGCUGUGCGCUUCAGACACAAAGAGGUGGUGAAGCUGCUGAGAAAGACAGGAGCCCAUUUCUCCAUGGAUGAGCUGGAGGAUGCCGGUUCAGAGCUGUGCAGUCUGGCAGCCAAUGCUGACAUCGAGGGCCUGGAGAUGUGGCACCUGGCCGGGGGAGACCUGGACAUGCCAGGCUACGACGGGAAGACGCCGAUGGAGGUGGCUCAGUCUGUGGGGAAUGAAGUUGUGAUGGAGUUCUUACACCAGGUCAGCCAGUACCAUGCCAAGUCAGAUGAAAGUAAUGAGCCUCUGUUUGAUGAAAAUGAUGAGAAUGGAGAGUACAUUGAGUUCUCAGCCUGUCCAAAAGGAUCCUGAAGAAGAAGAUCCUCAGCUCUUACCUCUCCAUCCAUCCCCAUCACUCUCUCUCCCCCAUUCCAUUUCACUCUCUUACACUAGACAUUUGCACAAGCUUGCAGAUGAACAGAUUUUAUUUAGAUUCAUCCAAACCAUUUACAAUUUAUAUAGUUGCGAUAAUAUCAUGUACAGUUGGGAAACUGUAGUUGUAAAACAACUAGUAGCACAACAUUUGAUGUCAAGUAAUAUCUAUGCACUGUGGCUAGAACGGGCACCACUAUAUCUGUAUGUUUUGUAUGUACCACAGUAUACAAUGUAUGUGGAAGCAAUUCGCUCUGUUUGCAUUAUCAGAGUAUUAUCAGUGAUUAUUGUAAGCACAGGGUAGAAUGCUGUACCUUUCAUACUAAGCAUUUCAUAACGCACGUUGAGUGCCAUUUAUUCUAAACGGAAAUCAUUGUGUGAAUAACUGUUUGCCUAGAUGUUUAUAGUCUCACUUAGACUGCAUGAAUGAUAAAAAAAAUUCCCCACCUCCUUCUGAAAGUACAGAUAACUGAGGUGUUUCCUGUUUGUGAAAUAGGACAAUCCGUCCCUCUAUUCUGCUUCCACACAGCUCUCCUAGCAUCCAAACCCAGCGUCCUCUAUAGUUGAUAAAAAGGUCAUUUAGCAGAUGCUUUUAUCUAAAGCAACUUGCAGAGACAAGCUGUUACUCCCAUCAAUGUGACAUUACAACCCACAGUGUCUUCUAUAGUUUGAGUUGUGUACUUACUGGUUUCCCUACUCUAACAGCCUGGGCAGAGAGACAAAUGUCAUAUAGCUCCCCUCUCUCUACUGGGAUUCUCUGCCUCUGACCAUAUUACGGGGGCUGAGACACUGGCUUACUAGUGCUCUUC